AUGAAAAAUGUGAAACCUACAGUUGUGACUCUUGCAGUGUUAAACAAUAUUGCAAUAGGACAAGAUUCAGUACCAGAUCGUGAUGACAAACUCAAUGCAAUUGUGGAUGUUGAACUUCUACCUCAAAUUAGUGAGGCCAGAGGAAGACACUCCAAAAUGCUCUUCUAUGAGCAUUUAUUAAUAGGCAUUUUAACUAAUUAA